AAUAAAGCAGUCACAUCAUCACAAUAAUCUGCUUUCCAUAAAAGGAACGUCAUUUGUUGUCUGCUGUCAUCAUCCGCUUAUUCCUAUUGCAUUUUAUUAUUUAUUGUUUUUCCAUGAAAUUAUUGUGAAGUUUUCGUGUGUUACUUGAUAAAAAGCACCGGCCACCAUGGCGUCGGAGACGAGCUCGGCAGUGCUGGAGCUGAACGAUGCGGACACGGAGGAGACGGACGCCACCACCGUGACGGAUGACCUGCACGAGGGUCUGCCGCUCAUCAUGGAACACGGUUAUGAUAUCGCUGUUAAGGUGUGUACUGGUAUAUUCACAAUACAUGGCGUCGGAGACGAGCUCGGCAGUGCUGGAGCUGAACGAUGCGGACACGGAGGAGACGGACGCCACCACCGUGACGGAUGACCUGCACGAGGGUCUGCCGCUCAUCAUGGAACACGGUUAUGAUAUCGCUGUUAAGGUGUGUACUGGUAUAUUCACAAUACAUGGCGUCGGAGACGAGCUCGGCAGUGCUGGAGCUGAACGAUGCGGACACGGAGGAGACGGACGCCACCACCGUGACGGAUGACCUGCACGAGGGUCUGCCGCUCAUCAUGGAACACGGUUAUGAUAUCGCUGUUAAGGUGUGUACUGGUAUAUUCACAAUACAUGGCGUCGGAGACGAGCUCGGCAGUGCUGGAGCUGAACGAUGCGGACACGGAGGAGACGGACGCCACCACCGUGACGGAUGACCUGCACGAGGGUCUGCCGCUCAUCAUGGAACACGGUUAUGAUAUCGCUGUUAAGGUGUGUACUGGUAUAUUCACAAUACAUGGCGUCGGAGACGAGCUCGGCAGUGCUGGAGCUGAACGAUGCGGACACGGAGGAGACGGACGCCACCACCGUGACGGAUGACCUGCACGAGGGUCUGCCGCUCAUCAUGGAACACGGUUAUGAUAUCGCUGUUAAGGUGUGUACUGGUAUAUUCACAAUACAUGGCGUCGGAGACGAGCUCGGCAGUGCUGGAGCUGAACGAUGCGGACACGGAGGAGACGGACGCCACCACCGUGACGGAUGACCUGCACGAGGGUCUGCCGCUCAUCAUGGAACACGGUUAUGAUAUCGCUGUUAAGGUGUGUACUGGUAUAUUCACAAUACAUGGCGUCGGAGACGAGCUCGGCAGUGCUGGAGCUGAACGAUGCGGACACGGAGGAGACGGACGCCACCACCGUGACGGAUGACCUGCACGAGGGUCUGCCGCUCAUCAUGGAACACGGUUAUGAUAUCGCUGUUAAGGUGUGUACUGGUAUAUUCACAAUACAUGGCGUCGGAGACGAGCUCGGCAGUGCUGGAGCUGAACGAUGCGGACACGGAGGAGACGGACGCCACCACCGUGACGGAUGACCUGCACGAGGGUCUGCCGCUCAUCAUGGAACACGGUUAUGAUAUCGCUGUUAAGGUGUGUACUGGUAUAUUCACAAUACAUGGCGUCGGAGACGAGCUCGGCAGUGCUGGAGCUGAACGAUGCGGACACGGAGGAGACGGACGCCACCACCGUGACGGAUGACCUGCACGAGGGUCUGCCGCUCAUCAUGGAACACGGUUAUGAUAUCGCUGUUAAGGUGUGUACUGGUAUAUUCACAAUACAUGGCGUCGGAGACGAGCUCGGCAGUGCUGGAGCUGAACGAUGCGGACACGGAGGAGACGGACGCCACCACCGUGACGGAUGACCUGCACGAGGGUCUGCCGCUCAUCAUGGAACACGGUUAUGAUAUCGCUGUUAAGGUGGACGCGCCAAUGAAGCAGCUAUCGACGCUAGAGACGUACGUGACGUACCGCGUGCGCUGCGUGUGUGCUCGCUGGCCCGCGCCGCCAUAUGUGCGACGGAGAUAUAAUCAUUUUAAGUUACUCCACAAACGUCUCUGCGGUGCUCAUCCCUUACUGGCUCCCCCCGCCCUCCCUCCCCUCCACUCGGCGCGACAGCAGCUCGACAGAUACUCGCCCUCCUUCGUAGCACUCCGCACCUGCGCCCUGCACGCCUUUCUCGAGCGAGUGGCAAAGCACCCCAUCUUAACACACAGCGAUGACUUCAGAUUAUUCCUCACCACACCUGAUGAAGAAUUUGAUAAGGUUUUCAAGAGUGAGAACAGUGCGUUAAACCUGUGGGGACUGAGCAGUGCUUUGUAUGGCACUGGAGAAUCUAAAACUACCAACGGACCUAGGGUGCAGGACCCGGAGUUCAGGUCGGCGUCGGAGUACCUGCAGUCGCUGCAGCACAAGCUGACGGCGUUGUGUGCACUCACCACUAAGCUGCACAAGAGCACUCUAGCGCUCAGCACUGAGUUUAUGGGCAUGAAACGCGCCUGCGACGCAUGGUCCGCUCAAGCGGGCGGCCGACUAUCAGCCGCCGCCGCCGCCUGCGCGGCCGGCGCCGCUAGCGCCUGCGCAGCCACCGCCCGCCGGCCCACGCUGCAGCAUCGCGCUGUGCUGCCGUUGUUAGCGGCGUACGCUGGGGCUCAUGUCGCUAAGAUUGGGCAGAGGGAUCAAGUACAUGCGGCAUACGUAGCUGGGACCAACACUACAGAUGAACUGCAUAACAGGUUAGAACAAGCAUCAGAAGCAUUAAGAUCAGAACUAUCAGACUGGGUACCAAAAACCCGGUCAGAAAUCAAGACCAUACUCCUAGAUCUAGCAGACAGACAGGUAAACUUACACACACAAACCCUCCUAGGAUGGGAACAUGCUUUAAAACUAGCCUCCGAGUCUAACAUAGAAGAAAUUUUCAAAACUGUAUCAAAAACUGCAGUUCAGAACCUAUCCCCUUCUAGGUGUAGGUCUGAAAUGACUCCAACGGAAACAGAAAGAGAUUUAGAUGAUUACAGUGAAGAGUUUGACGCAAACAGUCAUGAUGAUUUUGAAUCUAAUCAUGUUUAUGAUGAUGAUAGAAUCGUUGAUUCAAAAUUGAAUCUGGAAAAUGAUUCCGAUUCUAAAAUGCUUGUUAAUGAUUUUGAUUCUAAAUUGGAAUUGGAUAAUAAGAAUGAUUCUUUGAAUGCGAAUGUUAAGGUUGAUACAGAGGAUGUGAUAGAGAAUUCUGCUGUCAAAACUCAAGAAGAAAUUAUCAAUGAGAUUUUAGAUGAUACGACGACUGAAGCUUCAAGUAGUGAUUUGAAACCAAAAUCCUCGGACUCCAAAAGCGACGGAAUUUCAGAUCCUUUAAGAGAUUUCACAGAUGUAGAUCUAUCAUGAUUUUGCGAUUCACUUUUAAUUGGUUUACUCAAAGAUUUGUAGCCUUGAUCAAGGAACUGGGAUCGCCAGUUCCUUUUUGGAUUUUAAUGAAGCAUUUGAUAUUGUAAAACAGUCGGUUUUACUGCCUUUCUGGCUAUUUUCUGCCGUAGUUGGUCUGUGCUAAUUGGUACCAGACGAGAAGACGAUUUUCGACUUUAUUUCAACAACUAUAAGGUUGUAAAUGCAGAGUAUGUAGAAGAAAAAUUUGAGGGGUGCCUCUAGGCAGUAUGUUUGGACCAGUACGUUUUAGGUACGUCUGUGAGAUUAAUCGAAUAACAUAUGAAAGUAUUGCAAUAAAAUUUCGAGUUGAUAAAUCUGUAAAUAUUGAUUCUGAUCUAAUAUUAAGUAGGUUUAAUUGAUUUUAAUAUCUAUAGUUUUGGCAUCGAAUAAUUUAAUUAAAUUGCGACCUAUAGUAACUUUUUAAAUACAAGUUCACUUUAUUUACCACUUAAAGAAAAUACAAGAAAUAAAUCUGUUUCACACGAUCUAAAUAUGUAUCAUCUCGUACAUUAUUUUUGAGCACUAUUCAAAGCUUUUUUUAUUAUAAUGUUAAAUCUGCCUAGCUUCCGCACACUGCAAACUUUUAGUCGGCCGAUAGUUUGUUUGGGCUUAUAAAUCAGUAUGGAGAUGAAUGGUAGUACGCACAUUACAAAGAUCAAGUAUCCAGGUAUUCGACCAACUAAAGUAUGAUUGGAUUCAGGAUUACCUUCAAAACAAAACUGUCAGGCAACUAUCGGCCGAUUAUUUAGUCUGUAGUGUGUGGCAGAUCUAAUAGUAUGAAGAAAUUAAGUUCAUAUUAUGUACGUUAACUGAUUUUGUUAUAUUUUUGGUCGACGCCGCGGGAUAAACCUAUAUUUAAUACUAAGACAAUAUAAAAUGUAUCCAAAGCAAUGUUUAAAAAUAUCAUAUCAUAAUACACCUGUUUAGUUUAUAACUACUUAUUAAAUAUUGUAAUGUUUCGGCCUUAGAAGUCACUUUGUAACUUAUUGUGAAACGAUGGUGUUACAUUUAUCAAAGUUUUUGGACCAAUUUGCGUUUCACCAUUUGACAAUUUCAAUAAAUGUACUGAAAACACCAUAUGUAUAUCAUAUACUAGCCGUUUUAUGCCCGCGUCUAUAUGUGUAACACCAACCUAAAGAUGUAUGAAACUAUAUGUACAAUGAGCAAGCCAAAUGAUUGUAUAUUUUAAAUUAUUACAAAAAAACUAGCAUUUAUUGUUAUUGGAGAAAUAUGAUCAAAAAUCUAUUUUUCUAUGAUAGAUACUGAUGUAAUUUUUAAUUAACUAUUAUCACCUGCCUAGCCUUUCCCCAACUGCAUAUGUUGGAGUCAAGAACGGUAUUUGACGAUUGUCAUUUAAAUUGUUCAAGUUUAAAAACACUGUUGGGUAUAGAUCUCGUCAAACUUAAUUGCGGCCCGGAACAUGAAAAAAAACCGGCCAAGUGCGAGUCGGACUUGCGCACGAAGGGUUCCCCCAAAAUAUUUAUUUUAUUCUAGUUUUCAGCAUUUGUUGCUAUAGCGACAACAGAAAUACAUCAUCUGUGAAAAUUUCAACUCUAACUAUCACGGUUCAUGAGAUACAGCGUGCUGACAGAGGAGCAGCGAAAACAAUAGGAUUCCGUUUUACCCCUUGGGUACGGAACCCUAAAAAACGACGUUCCUAUGUUAGUUACGAAACGCCAUUAAGUUUGGCGACAACUGCCUCAGUGUUUUUUCAACCUUGUGUUCCACUUAAUAGCAAUAAUUCACUGUAACCACAUUUCCUUGGUAUUUUUAGAUAAUUAUAAUGUUGUGUAAAUAUAUCAUCGCAAUACGUUUGUAUAUAAAGGAAUAUUUAUUCAAAUAA